AAGUGCAUAAAUUAAAAAGGUUUGAUUUUGCUUUAGAUAAAAUUUUAUGGACUCGUCAAUGGCAUAAAGUUAUAUUUUCUGACGAAAAAAAAUUUAAUUUAGAUGGUCCAGAUGGUUUUAAGUAUUAUUGGCAUCAUGUAAAUAAAGAAGAAAUUUCAUAUAGUAAGCGUAUACAGGACGGAGGAGGCAUUAUGGUUUGGGCCAGUUUUUGUUCUAGUGAACAAUUAAUUUUACAAAUUGUUAGUACUAAAAUGAACAGCACUUCUUAUUGUAAAAUGCUUGAAACUCCUCUAUUACCAUUUAUUGAAGGUAAAAGUAAUAAUAUUAAUGAUGUAGAUAGCAAUUUAAAUUAUAUUUUUUAA